UUGUCGAUUAUUUACUUUACGAAAUACACUAGAGUCAGAGUAUCAACCAAUGAAAGAUAUUCAUUUACGAUUUGUGAAUAAUAUUUGUGCCAUUUCUGACUGACAUACUUAACCGUUGGGUUUGAACAACAGAGCAAGCUCUCAAAUUUUAAUCUCGUAUCAGUAUCAGUCAUGCUUAAUGAAGAUAUAGAUGAACAGGAUAGUUAUCACUAUGACUUUACAACAGCUUCAGAAUGGGAAAUAUUCAUAGCUAGGCUGGAGGAAAUAAUUCAUGAUUGGAAAGUAUCGCAUAUUCCUCUUAAACCUGCAUUACAACACAAACAGUUAUUUAAUUCAUCAUGGGAGACUAAAACUGAAACUUUAUCUUUCGCAGAUGUAGACUUCACUUUGACUCGUUACUAUGCCAAAUUGUCCGAAGAGGAAGGGGCUAACAACAUGCUGGACAAUGAGUCAGAAAUGUCAAAGCUUCAACCACUGGAAGAUAUGAUGUCCACAGAGAACGACUUUGUGCCGAUCGUGUUUGAAGGCAACAAGUCUCACCCACACUUGCUUACACGGUGGUACGGGCUAAGGGACUUCAUAGUCCUCACACCAAACCAGAGCGUCGUCAUCACUUCAGAGAGCAAGAUAAAAAUACUGCUCAGCUCUGUCUGCAUUGCUGUCAACAACAGUAAUUGCUCAGUUCCUGUUUUCAUUCAAGUGUUGGAACCUUGGCAGAACUUCUUUCUCGGUGUCUGUGAGGCUAAAGGAAUAAGAGCGGAAUAUGAGAUGGUCCACCUACGCCGGGUUCCACCUCAUUGCAAACAUUUGACAGGUUUGUUGAACGUAUUUAAGUCCAAACUUGGUUCACCCUCGCUGUCCGAGUCUGUGACCGUGAGUGCUCGGCUGAGUUACAUCCUGAGGGACUGGACGUCCUUCGCUUGGACCCAGGAACCUCCUGACCUUGAGUUCCUCAUGGGAGAAGUAGGUGUUGGAGAACUCGGCACUCUACCCUUCGGUGCUACUUUUGACCCUGUCAGUGAACUCGUGUUGUAUGCCAGCUGGUAUGGCCUGAGAGAGACAGUUGUGGUAGAUAGCGAAAGCUACUCAGACCUAGACCCUAGCCAGGCACCCCAGUGGAGCGUAGCAGUCAAGAUGGCAGACAAGCCGCUGUGUCUACUUUCCGAGUACUUGUCUGAGUUCCUGCAUCUGUGUUCGAGCCCAAGAUCCAUGUCUGACCUUCUGGGGGACCUGCUUCAGCAUCAACAACCUGGUCCUACGCUGGCAACUCCACUCAACCUGCUGACCGAGUCUAGAGUCCCGACCAUCUCCAAGGUGCUGGGACAGGCCAAGGGGUCGUUUGUGAAGGAGAAAAUCAGGGAAGGCCCCAUCUCUGAUGAUCUCCUCAUGCCGAUCCUGUACUUCUUGUUCCCUGAUGCUGAUGAAAAUGUGAGGAGCCCUUAUCCAGAGUAUCUUACAAACUUCUUGGUCAAAGAUUCAAAACCCAACCAGGAGAUGUUUGCUGGUAUGAAGACCGCCCCGGUGGACAGCCUGGUAUGGAGAUUGUCCGUAGUCAUGUCUCACGCCACUCACACCCUGGGUGGAGUCAAGGCAGCCGCACAUCUCUGGUUUGAGUUCUGUCAAGAACUCAGGUUCCGUUGGGAGAGAGCAGUUCCAAUCCCAGGUGUUGUACGAGUGUUUCCGGACGCCAAAACUUGUCUGCUGAAUCAGAAGCUGCAGAUGCUUAAUUGUUGUGUCGAGACCAAAACCAAGAGGGAAAACUCAGCUCUUGCCUCCAACGAUGACGACGCCACAGAUGAGUCAGAGGAUGAAGAGGAAGAGUUUUUUGACUGUGACGCUGAAACCGAGGAGUUCACAGUCGCAGGCGAUGUUGUGUCGCAACCUCGCCGCAAGCCUAAACACUCGCUGUGGAACAAACCUGUCGGGCGACUGAAGCGUUGUGACAACCUGCGACUGCUGCAGACGGGGGAACCACUAUACAUCCCCAUCACUCAGGACCCAGUUCCCAAGACAGAAGAUCAGUUGGAGGAAGAUGAGAGAGUGAUGCUGCAGCUGGGUGCAGACGCUCAGGGAAUGGAACUGAGGACUAGGAUGAUGAGUGCCUCCCUGCUGUCCGAUAUGGAGUCCUUCAAGGCAGCCAAUCCUGGAGCAGAGUUGGAGGAUUUCAUCCGAUGGUACUCCCCAAGAGACUGGAUAGAAGAGGAUGGCCUUGACGAUUUCGGACAGAAAAAAGGUCAACUUAGUCCUCGAAUGAAACUUCCAGGAAAUAUGUGGAUAGAGGUGUGGUCGGCUGCUAAACCUGUACCAGCUCGAAGACAGAAAAGACUGUUUGAUGACACAAGAGAAGCUGAAAAGGUUCUUCACUGGCUAGAGGCAAAGCAACCACGUGAAGUGGCAGCCCUGCUGGUAUCUCCCUUAACUCAUGCAGCGUUGGCAACACUGGCUCACCACGCAGCACCAGUGGAGGUGCCAGGACUAGAUGUGGCAGUAUCACACUUGGCCAGCAAGGCAGAGCUACUGUCUAGGGCUGGAACACCAGAUAUGAGGAGAUAUCAGGAUCUAGCUCAGGAGGUGGCGUGGGCGGAGUGUGUGGUGGCGCAAGUGGCGUCCCUGGAGCACAAGCUGUGUCCCGGUGCAGGACAGACGUGUGAGAUGCGCCAGUUCCUAGCAGCUCUGGUCACUGCACCGGAAGCUCCUGUACCCGGUGGUCCUCGAGGAGAGAUUGCUGCUCGGAUACGGACAAUGUUCAGUGAAGCCCACAAAUUUUGUUUCCAGGCUUCCCAGAUGAUCUCAGACAGUGAUCCAGCGUCCCGCAUCACUACUGAGCCCUGGAGUCCUGUAUCUACAUCAGUGUUUCCUCCUGCGUCUGAGAGAGAGUUCAUCUUGAGAGUGGUCGCUCCUCGCCCCUCCCCUUCUUCUCUACCCCUCUCCCAGCGUCUGGCCGUGCGACUGAGGAAAGACGACAUUAUAAUGGCCGGAUGCUUUGCACAAGAUACCACAUUCCAAUAGAAGCAUUGUACAAAUCAAGGGAUGGGAUUUCUUUAAACGUUUUUGCUCAAAUUAAUACUUGGUUUUUCCUUUUAGAGGUUGGUUGUCUUAAUGCUGUAAACACAUUUCGGUCAAAUAUAUACUGCAUUUGUUACCAAGUUUAGUGGGUAUGAGAGUAACAGCUUUGACACUGGCAUAUGCAAAAAAAAAUGUAAAGGUUUGGAAUGUUAGCCCGUUAAAGUGCUUUUUGUUCUUUGAUGUAAAAUUCCUUUGGCGUGAACAAGAAAAAAACACUGCAUAAAGCUAGGUCAACUGCCACCGACAACAGUUAGAUGUUACUACGGUUUAAAACUGAAAUUAAUUCACUUAAUUUUAUUUUAGUAAAUAAAGCAAACAGGUUUAAGCCAUUAUACAUAAUUAUGUGUGUGUGUGUGUGAACACGAUAAUUUGAUUAGUUUUUGUCUGAUUUUGAUGAAAUUUGGCAGGAAUGUGUAGGGCUAGCAAGAUCGGGUCAUGGAAAUGGGGUGUUAUACCCUUUCCUUGAAAAUUCCAAAAUUUCAUCAUAACCAUUGUGUUGAGCUUAAAAAACAAAUAAUUUUGUAUGUUGUAGGGUCGUUGAGAAUAUUAAAGGUUACAGAGAACAUUUUUUAAAACUGAGCAUUAAAAAUAUCUAUGUUUUUCUAUAAGGAAAAGGUAAACUGUUUUAAAUUGCUUGUUUAUGCAAGUAUUUUGAUAUUUCAUACUAUACUCUUAAUAUUUUAUUUAAAAAACACCUUUUCCUUCCAUUUAGCAGGAAACCUAGGUACAGUAGAGUCCCGCAAACUCGGCGUAAUGUGGACUGGAAGGGUGCCGAGUUUGUGAAAUGCCGGGUUAUCGGGAACUAGGGUUAAAAAUCAGAACAAUUUAGCUUUUUAACCACCUUUUUUAUUUAUAUUUAUAUUACAAAUCAGUAUUAAGUCAUCAGAUAUAGUACAACAAAUUCUUAGUACCAGUUGCGAAUAAUUUGACUAAAGCUGACUUGAAUCCAGCUUAACUCGGACUCAAAAAAUCACUAAUUUUCUGAGCCAGGUGAUGGCCGAGUUAUCCAGACUGCCGGGUUAUCCAGUGCCGAGUUUGCGGGACUCUACUGUACUCAUGAACUUUAAUGUUAUUCAAAUAGCAGUGGCGGUGCUUAGCCUGAACAGUAGGGUGGGAUAUUCCGGAGGGUUGGGGGGCAUGUAAUACUUAAAAAAAGUUAUGACUCGUUGAAGGUUCAAGAUUAAUUUAUAUCACAGUUUGUUCAAUAAUAUUAAUCAAAUAACCUAUAAGUUAUAUAAAAAUAUACUUUACUUUUAUUUUGGGUGAGUCCGGCCCACUUGGCCCUUAUGGAAGCGCCGCCACUGUUAAAUAGUGAAUAAAUCUGACAAGGUUAAGGAAAUAUUUUUGUUAAAAACUAAAAAUACUCUUUGCAAAACUCUUAGCUUACCAACAAAAAUAACUUACGUUGCUUUACUAUGCUACACCUAUUGGUUACUAUACCAAAGUUAAUUGUAACCAAAGCUAUUCUCAUAGCGGAAAAGAUAAUUAAUUUAGUUUGAUUUUUUUUAGCAUAAUUUGUUUAGAUUUGGUAAACUGCUAAACUUCUUGGUGGCAAUAAAUUUAUAAGAUACUGCCUUUUUUGCAACAAACUACUUCAAAUAUUCUUUGCAAAACUCUUAGCUUAAUGGUAGUAUAAAUUAUAACGAUUAUACCAUU